GUCUAUAGGAGCCUCCAUCGAUGUCCCGGGCUGGGAGGGGGUCUGGGGGGGGCCUAUAGGGGCCUAUAGGGGCGGCCAUGGCCUCGGUGCCCGUGUACUGCCUGUGCCGCCUGCCCUACGAUGUCACCCGCUUCAUGAUCGAGUGCGACGGCUGCCAGGACUGGUUCCAUGGCAGCUGCGUGGGGGUGGAGGAGGAGGCGGCGGCCGAGAUCGACCUCUACCACUGCCCCCAGUGCGCCGUCCUGCGGGGGCCCUCCGUCAUGAAGCGUCGCCGGGCCCCCCCGAAACCGGCGCCGGGGGACGCAGACGCGGGCCGCCCCGUGCGCACCGGCAGCGCCCAGUUCGU